CGUUACGGUGAACACACACACACACACACACACCAAGCCCAGUGAGGGAACCGGAACCGGGAGCGUUUCAGUGCGCCAGGGGUUCUGGAGUGACUGCGGAAUGACGGAGGGUCUCGUCACGGUCCUCGGACCGUCGCCAUCGCCGUUUGAUCUCGAGCAGCCGAGUUACGACGCUUUAAAGCGGCUUUACUGCAGGAACGGAGGGCAGUUUUUACGCGUGUUACCCGGCGGAGUUGUGGACGGAAUCCGGCAAGAGAACGACGCUUACACUGUGCUAAAGGUGAAAGCAGUGAGCACAGGUGUGGUGAUCAUCAGAGGUCACGAGGCGGGACGUUACCUGGCCAUGGACAGAAGCGGAAAGCUUUAUGGCACUUCCUUGCUGAAUGACGAGUGCUAUUUCACAGAGAAGAUGGAGGAGAACCACUACAACACGUACAGUUCACACAAACAUCGGGAGCACGGGGUCUGGUACGUGGGCAUCAAGAAAAACGGCCAGAUGAAAAGAGGUCCUAACACCCACAGAGGCCAGAAUGCGGUCUACUUCCUGCCCAUUCCUGCACAGUGAGCACUGAAGUUUCACAUUGUUUGGAAUUUGCAAAGUGGGAUUAAUGUCAAAUGACCAAAAAAAAAAAAACUUUUAUAAAUAAGACGCUUGAUUUACGAUUUCUGGUUCUCAAAGUUUUGGGUCUGGAGGCCCUCGGUGCAUAACCACGGGGUCCACGCUUUUCUAAAGAGGAUUUUCUGCUCUAAAGUGUCACUUAUCUUUAAAAGAAAUGCUGUUUUAUUAAUUUAUUGUUUUGAUGUAUAUAUUAAUUUAAGUAAAUAGAAAAUAAUAGUAAUUUCACGUACAAUCUUACUAAAUCACCUUUUUGUGUACUAUUCUAUAUUGUACCUUUGAGCUACUGUAUAUUUAUCUCAUGAUCAAAGUAUUUUGAUAUUAAUAAAACUUUUGAUUAGA